AUGGAAGCCCCAAAAGAUGGCGCCGCACCGCUGCACAUUCUGAUCGUUGGCGCUGGGAUUGGGGGCUUGUCUGCAGCUCUAGGACUGCGCCAACAGGGACACAAGGUCACAAUGAUUGAAAAAUCAAAGUUUGCUGCAGAGAUUGGCGCGGCGAUUCAUUCGGCAUCUAACUGCAGUCGUGUUCUCCGGAGACUCGGAGUGUUUCCCGAGGAACAUGGGGGAACCCCACUUGUUGGCUUUGAAAUGCGAAGCCCUGACGGUCAAAUUCAAGGACUAACUGACCUGGGCGCAGACGGAGACAAGGACAGUGCACAGGCAACCUUGAAAGAUCGUGUACUUUCGAGCGAUGCACCCGGUAUCCAAGUGCAGCUUCACCUAUCUUGCCGCAUUGUCGCUCUGGACACGGAAAAGGCUACUUUGGUCCUCGAUGAUGGUCGCUCCUUUUCCGGAGACAUGAUCAUUGGCGCCGACGGAGUGCACUCAUGGACACGUAACUAUAUCAACGCAGCCAUCAAGCCAUUCUCAUUUGGCUACAGCUGCUACCGAUGGCUGGCGCCCAACGAGGACCUCAAGAACCAUGAAGCAACCUUGGAGCUUAGCAAAGUGAAGGGGAAAAUGGUGGAAUGGAACGCAGGGCAACGCCGCGUUCUCUACUAUGCUUGUGCAGAUCACACCAUUUCCAAUUUUGGUGCCUUUGUUCCAGCAGACAAACAAGAGCAAGAUCGCACGUCAGCCGUCGGUUGGAAUAACCCAGGCUCUAAAGCUCACUUGUUGCAAUUGUAUCACGAUUUCGGUGAUGAAGUACAGCAAAUUCUUCAGAGUGUACCAGAAGGUGACCUGAAGGAGUGGGAUCUCAUGGAUAUGGCUUCACUGCCGACUUGGCAUAAAGGCGCUUUGGUACUGAUUGGAGACGCAGCGCAUCCAUUCCUACCGUUCAUGGGCCAGGGUGGCGCCAUGGCCAUAGAAGAUGGCGCUGCGCUUGCCGCAUUGUUUCCCCAUGGUACAACCCGCGCUCAGGUAUCCUCUCGCCUAGAGCUCUGGGAGGAAUGUCGUCGUGAGAGAGUAGAGCGCAUUCAGAGCUUUACACGGUGGAAUGGAAGAUCCUCGGAUGAUCCCAGUCUGCCUCGACCGAGCUACGAGGAAUCGAUGAAAUUUGUGUUAUUCUGCAUCAAGCACGAUGCAUGGGAACACGCUAUCGACACUCUGAAAAAGCACAUUGAGUUACAGUAG